AUGUACAUUUGUAUAUUUGUGUGUUUCGCGACAAAGGCGGUGCACAUCGAAGUUGUUGGAAAUUUAACCGCUGAAUCAUUUAUUGCAGCUCUAAAAAGAUUUGUUGCGCGAAGAGGAAAACCAAAUGAAUUAUUUUCAGACUGUGGUUCAAAUUUUGUUGCUGCAAAUAAGGAAAUUAAUCGAGUAGUUAAAUCUCUUCAAAAAGAAGAAUCCAUCCAUCAGUAUUUUGCCGAUGAGCAAAUUAAAUGGCACUUUAACCCACCUUCAGCACCUCACUUUGGAGGAAUUUGGGAAGCUGCUGUGAAAUCCGCAAAAUCGCAUUUGAAAAGAACAAUAGGUGAUCAUAAAUUGACCCUUGAAGAGUUUUUAACUCUUACUGCACAAAUUGAAUCCUGCUUGAACUCUCGUCCUUUGUGUCCAGUAUCGGACGAUCCCGCUGAGCUUUCAGCACUUACCCCAGGACAUUUCCUUGUGGGAACCGCUCUUUCCUCUAUACCAGAAGAGAACCUUCUAAGCGAAAACAUAUCCCCAUUAAAACGUUGGCAGUUGACUCAAAAACUUUUCCAGAAUUUUUGGAAAAGAUGGGUUAACGAGUAUAUUUCCAGCUUACAGCAGCGCCCCAAAUGGUUGCGAGAACAGCCUAAUUUGAAAAUUAACGAUUUAGUUCUCAUUAAAGAGGACAAUAUUCCACCUUUGAAGUGGAAAUUAGGGCGUAUACAAGAAGUUUUUCCUAGUGCUGAUGCUAAGGUAAGAGUGGUCAGUGUCAAAACUGAGACUGGAACUUAUAAAAGACCCAUUCACAAACUGUCAGUUUUACCUAUUGACUGA